CUUCCCAGAACCCAGCAGUUUGGCUUGUAGCCCCUUGCCAUCUGACACAGUUCCCAGAACCCGGGUUCUCAGGGACUCAGCAGUUGGAGUUGAGCCCAGCCCCUUCUCCUCCCAGGAAUGCAGGACCCUAAGGCUUGGGAACUGAGGUAUCUUCGCCUCCAGGAAUCCAGCUCCUUCCCCUACCAGAAGCCCAGAUCCCAGCCCCUGACUUCCCAGGUCUCUCUCCGUCAUUCUCCUGUUACCUCCCGAGCAGGUGCUUUGACUCCACCCUCCAGACUCAGAGGUCCCCACCUCCAAUGUCCCCCACCAAGGAUUCCCACCCCAGUCCCCAUUUUCCACGGGACUCAGGCAUUCAUGCCCCCACCCCUCCGGACUCAGGAGCCCUGACCCUCAGCCCCCCAGUUUCCCAGGGCCCUGGCGUGGGGCCCAGGACAGGGCGAGGUAACAGGUUGUGCCGGCCGCCCGGCUGCAGCGCAGCUCGGAGUUUCUGUUUACUUCCCGGCCCGCCCCUGGGGACGAGAGCCCUGGGCUCCCCUAGGGCUGCUCAGGGGCUGGGGUUCAGAGGCUCGGGUCAGAGGGCCCGACACAACAGCUUUACCAGCCCCAGCCCUCCAGGGGGUCACCACCCACGAGGCACACACACCCGUGCUCUCCCUCCUCCUCUCGCCCGGUGUCCAUGUGCAGCCCUGCUCGCAGGACAUGAAUGUCACGGUGGUCCCAGCCCAGCCGCCCCCAGGCCGUUCCCGGGGAUCUCCCUGACUUGGCCCUCGCGGGCCCCGCUCCCCUGCCCCCCUCCACACGAGACACCCGGACCUGGAGACCUCUCCCCGUCCCCUUCCGCACCUAGCUGCCCAGGUGUUGGGGCCUCCAGUCCCCCGACCCCCAGCCCCAGGCGUCAGAAGCCCGGAGAAGCGGCUGGGCUCACUCCCGACGGCUGAGUUCCUGCCGACGCCCCCGGUUCCCCGGCGAUCCCGGUUCCCCUGCCCCCGCCCCGGCUGCCCCACCUUCUCCGCCGACGCGGCCUGACCAGUCCCUCCCCAGGCUCGAGGGGCCUAGCCCUCGGCGUCCCCCAGGCUCUCACCCGAAGC